AUGAAAACCUUAUCAAAUAGUUACAAAGGAGAAUCAAAAUUAAGUAAAAUAAUAUUUAAAAAUUCAUAUUCUACAACAACAACACCUCCAUUAGAAAAAACAUUAUUUAUGUUUUCAAAUAUUUGUAUUAUGAAUAAUGAUUAUUUAAUUGAAGGGAAAUUAGAGUUAUGUUCAAUUGAUGGGAUUAUUACAUUAAAAUACAUACCAACAUUAAAUUUACAAACAAAUUCAACAGAAAAUUUAGGAGAAUUUGAAUAUAUUUUAAAAGUAGAACAUAUUGAAUUAAUUGAAAUUUUAAAUACUAAAAUAAUUAAUUCAACUACAAACAAACGAUUCUAUCAAAUUCAUUUUAAAACACAAACACAUGUAUUUCUUAUUUAUCCAAAUUUCUUAUUUCCAACAACUGCAACAAUAGAUAUUCUUAUUGAACAAAUUAAUAUGAAUGGAUUUAAAUGUAUUUUAAAUCAUCCUAUAAAGAAAGAUAUAUUUCCAAUAUCUUAUCAAGUUAAACAACAAAUAUUUGAUAAUGAAAAUUCUCAAAUUGAUAAACAUAUUCCAAUUUCUCAAAACAUAAAGAAAAUGAAACAAUUUUAA